AGAUGACGAUGGGACAUUCAACCAAGCAGUGGUAUAACAAUACUUAGGCUACCACUGCUUGGUUGAAUUUCCCUAUAGUCAUUUUACCGUCCUACAUUAUGCUGUCCUGUCUUUUUCAGGGUACGUUUAUGCAGGCGCGUUUUCCCCAUUCCCUACUCCUCCCACGAAAUUUCCUCUGGAGGCUACAACUUACAUUAGGUCGAACAACUCAUCUGGUUGCUCUUCGUGAGCUGUGACAGCAUGACUGGUGGACUCAAAGACAGCAUACCAGAAGAGGAAUAUCUUCAGGCACCAUUCAUUAGGAAACAAGGAAACAUAUACAAACCAAAUAACAAAGACAUGGACAACGAUAGCAUUCUUGAGAAAACAGAGCUGGAUGUUCAUACAAAGGAGAUUGAUUUGGUUAAUCGGGAUCCAAAUCAUAUUAAUGAUGACGUAGUCAAGGUAGAGUUUGAAGAUGUCAUUGCAGAGCCAGCAGGGACGUACAGCUUUGAUGGUGUGUGGAAAGCAAGCUUCACCACAUUUACUGUCACCAAGUACUGGUGCUAUCGGUUGCUGACAGCACUGGUUGGCAUCCCUCUUGCACUGGUGUGGGGCAUUUUCUUUGCUAUUCUCUCUUUUGUGCACAUCUGGGCAGUAGUGCCUUGUGUUAAAAGUUACCUGAUUGAAAUUCAGUGUGUGAGCCGUGUCUACUCUAUUUGUGUGCAUACAUUCCUUGAUCCCUUGUUUGAAGCUAUGGGCAAGUGCUUCAGCAGCAUACGAGUUUCCACCACCAAAGUAGUGUAAUAAUGCCUCUAGGGAGGUUGGCUAAUAAGUGGAAUACAGCAAGAAAUACUGUACUAAAAAGAACACCAGCUUUGCAAGAGAUCAACAUUUUAAGGAUUUUUUUAAUUUGGUAGACAGUCACAAGCUCUUCUGCUUUUACCUUAAAACACCAUCCCUUCAGCUUUUCUUUAACAACAAACUUUUAUGUUACUCAGCUAAAGAGUGUGUCACUUCAGAAGGUCACUACACUGGCCUCUGCCUUCUCCUGCUGACUUUAACCUAAUCACACAUAAAAUGCAUUCUUUGAUUUCAGCCAUGUAGAACCUUCAGAAGGAAUAUACCGGUAUCAAAGGGGUUGAUGAGAACAUUACCUAAACACUAAUCAUGAAAUAAUGAAUGUUAAUAUUCUGUUAAAUUUGUAAGUAUUGAAAUCAGAACAACAUGUUGUAGGGUGUAUGUGUGUGACAGAUUUUAUUUUCUUGAGAGUAAGAUAAUGCUACAGUUACAGAUAAAGACAUUCAGAGCUGAUUUUCAGUUAUUGCCUUAGCUCAGGUAACCACAGUAUGUCUGUUGUUUGUGGGUGAACAAUCAUUGAUGAUCAGACUGGGUUGGCUAGUAUGUCUGACAGAGGCAUGUCAUGGUGAUUUAUAUCUCAAUUGGACUUUUCAUGUUUAUGUAUCUUUAACUGCUGUUUUCAGGAUGCUGUAUCAUUAUAUUUCAAAAUAACAAGUCAUGUUUAUUGUACACAUCAUGUUAUGCAGAGCACAUUAAAAUAUGUUAAAUCAAA